AUGUUGUUCUACAUCCUCGCCAUCCUCGCCCUCUUCGAGGUCGCAGAACGCGUCCUCCCCGUUCUGCCUCUCGCUAUUCGUGUCCUGGUGGCUAUCCUCAUCGCUCGCAUCUACCAGCAGAGCCAGCAGCGUAUCACGGGCCUGAAGGAGGACUUCCAGAAGAUGCAAGCACUGGCCCUAUUUUACCAUGACCAAUACCACUGGCUUCGCUCCCUGCUCGAUACGGGGUUUUGCGACCUCUUGAUUCGACAGCUCGACACUGAGCCCGAACAGCCUUCAACCCAGUCCCUGCUCUAUGCCUCCGACAUUGAACCCACCAACGUCCAUCAGCAACUCGCACUUGUUGGUGUGAGCCACGAGGAUGAAUUCCAGGCCCAAAGUCGCAGGAAUAUUCAGCUCAUCGGAGAUAUCACCGUCGCCACCAUUCAGCCCGCGAUUUCCAUCCUACCAUGUGACGCUCUCGUCCCAUCCCAGGCUUCUACCCAACUCGUCCUAUCACUCAAGGCUUCCAAUGACGAACUUUUGCUGAUGCCACCGACGGCGACGAAGCGGGUCCGGGACAACAAAUAUGAAGACCGUCCUUCCAAGCGUCUGCGUAUAGCCGCGGGUGAUGACAACGACCUCGUUGUCGAAUAUCAAAAGCCUCAUCUGGCCCCAAUCUUCUUUACUCCGCCUAAGAAACACGCUCAGCAGCAGGUUGCUCCUCGUGCCCCGACCUAUCACUUCAAAGCUUCGCCCGAGGCUUGGGAGGUCGGUCACGCAACCAAGCGCGCACCACCCAACGAUUCUGAGGACCGUCCCUCCAAGCGGGCCAAUAUGUCCACGAGUGGUGACUUUGACCUCGUCGUCUAUCACAGGCUGUUCGAGCGGCUUCUGUCUGAUCGAAACCAACCUCAGCAGCCUCCCGCUCAGACUCUCAGCAUAAAGAAGGAGACCGAGCCCGAGAUCAACCAUAACGCAUCUAUCGUCCUCGGGAAUCGCGAGGCAGCCGAGGCAGAGGCCUGGAUCGAGGACACGGCCGCCAAGGUGGAGCAAAGGGAGGACGCUGCGUUGUACGACAUGCAAGACAUGCUCGCGGCCAUAUCAUCCAUUUCCCUACACCAAUCGCCCACCAACAAGGCUACAGCCAAGCGUUCCCACCGUAACAUUGGAGAUGGGAUCGACAAGCAGGUCAAGAAGGCCAUGCACACGAAGCAGCGGCGGCAGAAGAAGGCGGGUCGCACCAGCAAGCCCACGCCCAGGACAAAGGCCCUUAGGAGUACCCCCCUCGUACGCUUCAACGUCUGUUACCAGAAGAACCGCAAGGCCGAGCAUGUGGCCCACGAGGUCGAGCGCUACUUGUCCGAAUACUUCGACUAUGACCUCACGGCGCUUAUGUCUCUCAGCGACGACUCAGACUCAGACGGUGACGUCGAUAUGCCCUGUAUUUCUGUCCUUUCGCUGAGCGAUUUGGACGAGGAGGGGGACACCGAGAUGUUCUAA